UCGUUUUUGCUCCCUGGGAGUGGCUCCCUCGGGCAGCAGUUACUUGGCUACAGGGGGGAUAGGAUGAAGUUGGGCCCUUCGUAUGGAUGGGAGGGAGCAAGAGGAGGGAGUGGGCUUGACUAGCGAUUCCUUCUGAUAGGGAGACGGCGGCCUUGUGGCUGUGGGAACGGAAUGAGAGGCUAAUUGGAGGGCCUGCCCUCUCCCACCCGGCUACGGUGGGAGGACUUGGGAGGGAUGGAUAUGUGCACGGAGCGAGGUGGUCUGGAGAAGCCAGAAGUGGGGUGGAGCGAAGGACCUCUAACAUCCAGGACAGCUGAACGGUGGCGAGCGGGGUGAAGGACGUUUCUUCGCAUUAAGAGUUUGACUAGGAGAAAUAAGCUACUUGAUACUGGAAGAAAUUGUCAUCCUGUUCGAAGCAGGUGGGGGGAAAAUCCUGUGUCACAAGCUCUGGUCAGUGGCGGUAGUUUUUGCAUUGGCUGGAGCACAGGUUGCUCUUGGAGUCUAGGCCAUGACCAGCAGAGGAGCUGCCAGGCCGAAUGGGCAAUCACAAGCCAGCAAGAUCUGCCAAUUCAAGCUAGUACUGUUGGGCGAAUCAGCAGUAGGCAAGUCCAGCCUGGUGCUGCGUUUUGUCAAGGGACAGUUUCACGAAUAUCAGGAGAGCACCAUUGGAGCGGCUUUCCUCACACAGUCUGUCUGCCUAGAUGAUACAACAGUAAAGUUUGAAAUUUGGGAUACAGCUGGUCAGGAAAGAUAUCACAGUUUGGCUCCUAUGUAUUACCGAGGGGCUCAGGCUGCCAUUGUGGUUUAUGAUAUAACUAACCAAGAAACAUUUGCACGAGCAAAAACAUGGGUGAAAGAACUCCAACGGCAAGCUAGCCCAAAUAUUGUUAUAGCCUUAGCAGGAAAUAAGGCUGAUCUUGCCAACAAGCGCAUGGUAGAAUAUGAAGAGGCCCAGGCUUAUGCAGAUGACAACAGUCUAUUGUUUAUGGAAACAUCAGCCAAGACAGCAAUGAACGUUAAUGAUCUCUUCCUCGCAAUAGCUAAGAAGCUGCCAAAGAGUGAGCCCCAGAGCACAGGUGGUGCUGUGGGGCGGCGAGGUGUGGACCUUCACGAGCAGUCCCAGCAGAACAAGAGCCAGUGUUGUAGCAACUGAAUGGUGGCGUUCAGGCAGCAAGAGAUAAGAUAUAAUCUCCAUUUCUACCCCACUCCACCUCACCUCCCCUCCAAUAACAGCAUUGGCACAUUUGGAAGCCGUCCCCUCCGUCUCCUGAGAGCUCCGUUUAACUGCACAUCUAAUGCUUCAGAAACCAUCACCAGACGUCUGUUAUCACCACCCAAAGGAAAGUGGAGAUAGACCGACCAGGGACUUAACUUCCAAAAACAAACUCUUAUUCACUUUGUAUUAUAGGUGCAAAUAGCUACCUACUUAUUUGGAUCCCCCUGCUCUGUUUUCUCCCUGAUAAUACUCCUUUCCUUUGCCAUUUCUUAUCCCUCCAGCGCACGUACACCCAUACACAUUCACACUGUCUUUGCUCUGAUAAAAUAUGUGUUCUUAGUCCUAUAACAUCCACCACCACCCUUCACCUCCUCUUUCCUUCAUUUUCUUUAAUAAUCUGGGGGACAGUCACAAGCAAGGAGAAGCAUAAUUCUUGUAGAUUUAUUUUUUAAGAGCAAGAUUAACUGACUUUCUCAAAAAAAUGCACAGUUUUUUGAGAAGAUCUUCUUAGGAGUUCUCUUACUCAUUUUCCAUAUUCAGAAAAGCUGCAGUGUCCUCAGUUAACUUUUUUCAGGGCCGAGUUUUAUAGCUAGAUUGGAGAGGAUGAUGGUAUUUGCUUGGAUUUCCUGGCUAUGGCACAAGAGCGGUCCUAUGUCUCAGUGCCAUGAAUACAAGAAUGAAAUGGUUAUAAAUGUAGAGUAUAAGAAAUACUUUUCAGGACCCUUGGAUUGCUCUUGAUUGAUGCCUUAUAUUUUUUUUGUUGGCCAGGACCGUAUGGGGAGGGGGGAGGGGGAAUGGAAAUAAGUAUGAUUUUUAAAAUUGGUGUGAAGGCUACAGUGUCUCUCCUCUAUUAACGUUCAUUUGUCAGUCCCAUUAGGUGAAGAAAGAUAGAAUCACUGUCUGUAGAAAUAAUGUACAAAGAAGACUAAGUUCUCUUUGUUACCUUGGACCCUGCAUCAGGAUUCUCCUUGAAUAGAUUCUUUCCACUUAGCCUGCACCUUGCAGUAACAUAUACACAACAUUUGUCCAUUAAGUAGGAAGGUGUUCUAAAUUGCCAAAAGGAAAAAAGUCCAUGUGUCCUUAGCAGAACUUGAAUAGAGACAGUUCCCAAGGGUCACUGCAGAUUUUAGAAGUUUUAAGCUACAUGAUUGGGAUGCAGAAAUGAGAAAAAAAGGCAGCACUCUUGUUGGGAAGAUUUGCCAGCAGGAAGACUAGUACUGUACUCGGUAUGUUUUCCUUGUUGAGAAGCACCAAGCUUUUUGCCUUCUGAAUCCUUCCUCACAUACAAGUCUUGGCUCUGUAACACUGCUGAGAAGUGGCACUUUGAGUAGCUGCUUGAGCAAUUCCAUCCCUCAGACCUCAAAGGCCAUCUAAACUUGAGAACUGUUUAACAGCUUUUUUGUGCUUGCAAACACAAAAAAUUAAGGAGGUGGGUGACUCUGGGAUUUUUACUUUCCUGCUAUUAGCUAAACAAAAGUAAUAGCUUUUAAAAUUUAACUGUAGAUAGUGCUGCACUGUAAAAUAAAGUACUCCACCCUCUCUCAAAUAGCCAGCAACAAUCUGUUCUCCCUAUAAGAACUGUCUCCCCUCUCAACCGUGGCCUUUACUAAGUUAAUAACAUAUUCAUCCAGCCCCACGCUCUCCCCCUAAGUGUUCGGUUUUUUCAUGCUUCAAACUUGAAUACAGUUUCUGAAGAGGAGCUGUUUCCCGGUGCUAUCUAGAUCUGGUUUUAGGAGCAUUUCUUGGAUGUAUUAUGUCUACUCCAUGCAAAUUUCUCACAUGGUUGAAUGUUCUACCACGACAGCUUGACAUGGGUUUAUAAACACACACACAAGCACAUCUUUUCUCCAUUAUUUCCCCAUGCAUUUUAAUACUGUGUUUUGCACAUAAUUUCCUCUUGUAUUCUAUAUAAAGGCUUGCAUUUUCUCCCAUUCACUGGUGUAACUUAAGUACUGAUGUCCACUUAAUCAGUGUGAGCAUUUAGCAUUUAAAUUCUAAGCCACCUUGUAGCCUUAUGUGGAAACUGUUAAACUCUGCACUGCUGCUGGCAUACAGCAUUACUAUGCUGCCAUUAUAAAGGCUAGCUAUCUCUGGUGGUGGCUUUAUUGAGCUGGAAGCAAUGAAUGGUGGAGUCAAACUAGCCUGUAGCUUUAAUUCUUCAGCAAGAAGCUGCAGAGUUAAGUUGUAUGUGCUGUAACAUCUUCCCUCACCCAAUUCACAUACACAGUUACCUCUUCGGGUUUAAUGUGGCUUUUCUCUAGAAAGAUUCAUAUAGUCUGUCUGUGAUCAUCUAUGUUCCCUUAAGCAUUUCUCAGUACUUCCUAAGGCUUGUUUCAAAUCUAAUCCCUUUUUUGUUCGAACCCCCAUAGUUCUGCCUGAACCCUGAAAUGGAGUGUUGUACUUACAGAUUCAUUAACUGUAAAUUCUUCUUCGCUGACGGUGCUCUGAUUACAUGGACAUAAAAUGACACUUGCACCCAUUGUGGAGGACCCAGGAGGAGUCAGUAAGCAUGUCCUCUCCCUCUUCAAUAAAGCUGAAAUACUGCAUUGUGCUCAGCUCAUGGCAGUGGAAAAGUCGAUUUCAUAUUUAAGAAACAAACCCAUUUAUUGCCCACAACUUGUUUUUACUGCUUCUCUGUUAACUCCUAGACCAAGCGAGGACACUGCAGCUUUUUCUUAACAGAGCAAUUCCCCCUUUUUCCUCAACUUACUCUUCUCAUCUGAUCAGAAUUCUUUUUUUUCUUCUUCUGAGAAACCUCUUCUAUUGCAUUUAAAAUAACAAAUCAUGGUAACAGAAUUCAGCUGCUGAUUUACCAAUGUAUUUAAUGUAAGUAAACAAAAAUCAGUGUAUUAGAUGAGCUUGCUGCUUUAUUGUGAUUUAAAAUACAUGCUGAAUGAUGAUAGAAAUACGAGGGAACUUUGAAAAGUGUAAAUAUCCUUUUGCAGGGGGAAAGAGAUGGCACCAGCCCAGAGCUAGCCCAGCCUAGAAGCAGAUUAGACGGCUACUUAGGAUACUUUUGAGUUCAAGAAGUUUCCUCCAAAGUGCCUAAUAAACCAGGCUUAGCUCUUGGACUCUUGUCAGUUUACUGGGAAAGGUAGGGCUACAUAUGCUAGAUCAGUUAACGUAAAAUAAUUACUUAGCUUAAAACUUGAGCCUGCCAUAGGCAAAUAUGAUUCUGUAUAGCAGAAGACAGUAGAAGAAUCAAACCCAGCAGGUUUAGAUAAAACUCUUCUUAAAAUUCAAGCAGCACAAGUUUUAUCUAAUGAAAAAUAAAGGGAUUUGAAAUGGAUAAUAGGAUAUAGAAGUACUUUAUAACAAAUUUUCUUAGAAUAAGUUACAGAAAAUAUGUAUAGUGAUUAGUCCAAGCUACUCAUCUUUAUUUGGUAUACUUCCGCUUAUUUGAGUAAGAUUUUGUUCCCCCAAAAAAUAUUCAUAAAAUUUCAGCCAUCUACAGCUAUUUCCUGAAAUGUGAUCACCAUAGGAUGGGCAUGGAAAAAUUCCACAUACUAGCACCUUGGACAUUUCUGCUGAAAUUCACCUGGGAAAGAAGCGUCAGUUCAAUUGAAAAGAGUUAAUGGUAUUGGCUUAAGGGUGAAAAAUGCUCCCAAUUCAUCAUUCACAAGGUACCUUGUAUGAGUUUGUAAAUAAGACAUCUGUAAAUACUGCCAAACAUGUUGGGUAGCAAAAUGAACAACUUAACAGUGUGUGAAAAUUGCUCAUUUUUUUCCUAAUGAGAGUAUAAACCUUUUGCAAGGGUAGUGGUAAAGAUAUUUAAUAAAUACAGCCAACUCCCAAUCUUGGGGAAUCUUUUAGGCAUUGCUGUCUCAUGCACAAUUUCCAGUUUUGAAGUUGGAGAAUCCAGAUCUUCAGAGGCUGGAACUCUUACUUCCAGUGGUCUUCGUGAGCCUCUAGCAUACAUUUAUGCAGCUGUAUGCGUAGGGUUGGAAACGGUGGAACUCUGCAAAGGUGGGGUUGGAAUGUUUGUUUACCUUCUUGGCAGAAACUAAUAGGAGUUGAAGUCCAGGCACUUCUGGAGGGCCACAGCAACUGGGCCACGAUCAGUAACAAUCACCCACCUCUAGAUUUCACCGUUGCCCCUAUUAAAAUCAUGCAAUAUGAAUAUAUGUUUUGUGUUUCAAACAUGCAAGUGAACUGACAAAAUGAGAGCAUGAGUAUCCCUCGGCUUAUUGCAUAUUAUGUAUUACAGCUUACUAUGAGCUGCUUUCUGUACAUACUGUACCAUCAGAGCUGCAACACAAAUUAUUCCAUUAUUAAUGCUUGUGAGCCUGUACUUGCAUCUAAGCCACAUUCUUUCCUUCCCCUUGUAGACACUUCUUCAGUCUGGCCACCAUAAACUUUUACAUUAGUAUGCGGAAAGCAAGGACUCGCUCUAAAAGAAAGGGCAACUGCAGCUUGGCAACACUUUUGACUGUAUUUCUGCAUGGUGGCCUGUAGGGAGUGCUGCUGAGUAAUGUCAGUUUGGGAAGCUGGGGCCUUGGAUGGAAUAUGUUAUUUCCAAAAAGGAUGAAAAGAAAAAACUUGUUGCAAAAA